AUGGUGAAGCAACUAUUGGCUAUCCUUCUACAGGCCUUAUUUUCGCAUAAAAUCUUUACUCAUUGUAACCCGGAGGUUAACCUGGAGGAUGGCGACUGUGGACCCGGUGAGCCGCUGUUCCUGACGCCGCUCCUCGAGCGUGGCGACGUCGCCGAGGCGCGGCGGCUGGCGCGCGUGUCUCUCUUCCACGACCUGCACAUCGAAAGCUACGCCGGCUUCUUCACCGUUGACAAAACCUACGACUCUAAUCACUUCUUCUGGUACUUUCCGAGCAUGUCCACUGACAGAGAAAACGACCCAAUCAUCUUCUGGUUGGAAGGAGGACCGGGAACUUCGGGGCUGAUUAAUGUAUUCAUGGGGAAUGGACCGGUUGCCAUAAGAAAUUACACGUUUGAGCGCAGAGAGCACCAUUGGGCGCUGAGUCAUCAUAUGAUAUAUAUAGACAGCCCAGUGGGGACUGGAUUUAGCUUCACCAAGCACUCGGAAGGUUACUGCACCGAUCAGACGCAAAUCGCUGAACAUCUGUACUCCAGCCUGACCCAGUUCUUCCAGCUCUUCCCAGAGCUGAAACAGAAUGAGUUCUUCAUCGCAGGAGAGUCAUACGGCGGGAAGUAUGUCCCGGCUCUAGGCUACGCUAUUCACAAGAAGAACCCCACAGCUGAAACCAAAAUAAACCUAAAAGGUUUAGCUAUCGGUAAUGGUGUGGUUAAUCCUGAACAUCAGCUCCUAUACGGAAGUUUUUUGUACCAAAUAGGACUCAUAGAUCUCAAUGAACGGAUAAUAUUCGAGAAAAAUGAAGCAAAGGCCGUGAAUUAUAUUAGAAACAGUCAGUGGAUAGAAGCGGAAGAUAUUGUUGUCGAAUUACUUGCGGGGCCCGAUUGUUAUUUUAAUAACUUCACUGGAUUUGAUAGCUAUUACAAUUUCUUGGAUCCUAAAAUAUAUUUUGCACAUUUAAAAACAGAAUAUGAGAGUGUUUUGAAAAAUAACUCUGUUCGAAACGCGAUCCAUGUGGGAGAUCUUACAUUUCAUAACGGAUCUGUACCACAUGAACAUUUAAGACAAGAUAUGAUGAAGUCUGUCGCGCCGUGGUUGUCUGAGCUCUUGGACCAUUAUCAUUGCUUGAUCUACAGCGGGCAACUGGACAUUAUAGUCGCUUAUCCUCUAACACUCAAUUACUUGCAGAAGCUGAACUUUAGCGGUUCUGAGGAGUACAGAACGGCGAAGCGUUCGAUCUGGCGCGUGGACGGGGAGAUAGCAGGGUACGCCAAGCAGGGGGGGAGGUUGGUGGAGGUGCUGGUCCGGAACGCGGGACAUGGGGUCCCAAUGGACCAGCCCAGGUGGGCUGUGGACAUGAUCCAGCGUUUUACCCAUAAUACAAAACAUUGGGACAGUUAA